UGCAAUUUACAAACGAAAUGUUUAAAGAAGACUCUGAUGAAAAUCAGUGAAAAUACAGAGGUUAUGUGCUUUUUGGAAUACACUGGUAGUUUAUUAAAGCGGUCCAUAAUGAUAAUUGCUAGUAGAGCUUAGAAAUUAUAAUGAGCGAGGCCUGGGAUGAUCGUCGGACAUGGUCUCUUAGACUAUCGCAGGCCCUGGAUGACAUCGGGGUUACCAGACGUAUGGUCGAUAGAAGGAGAAGGACGUGGCUAAGGAGGGAGGCGUUGCAAAAGCUUUUGAGUUUAUUUUUGGGUUCAGGUAUGACCAUGUACAAUUUCGGUAGCCAGAGUGAAGGUACUACUACUCUUGGAAUGCACUCAGACAUUGAUAUUUUAUUUAGUCAAAACGAUGCAGCAGUACUGUUAGAUUUGAGUGAGUGGCAGCAAGGGAAAGACAAUCUACUCGUGGUAAACACAGAGCGGUCCCCGCCGCAACAUUGCAACCUCCAGAGACUGGGGAGAGACCGCCGGUUGCCAAAUAAAGAUGUUGAGGACCCGUAUGAAGUGGUGGAUAAUGAUGGCAAAGUACUGUUGACUACUAAAAUAACUGAAAUAUUUCUUCUGUCGGAAAGAAAACUAAUAUUUUAUGGACCAUCAAGAAGUCUGAAUAAAAACGUAGAUAUGGUCCAAGCAUUUCCAUGUGCUAGAUUACCAGCAGAGUGUCAGUUCCUCUUCGAAAGACCCCGCCCUGGACACUGGCCUACAAAAGACAUGUUGGCACAAGCAAGUGCUUAUCCAGUAUUUCUUGUGCCAGCGGGUUACCCAGAUAGCCCUUAUCACGAAAAGUUGCUGGAAUGGAGAUUUUCUACCUCUCUUAUGGAAAGAUUACUUAUAUUUAGUUUUAACACUACUCAACUCAAAGUGUUUGUGUUGUUGAAAAUUAUCAGGAAAGCCUUUAUCAAGAUUGUUGUUGGAGACAAUUUCAGCACAUUUCACAUGAAGACAGCUAUGAUGUUCACCAUAGAGAGCUACCCACCAGACAUAUGGUGAGAGGACAACAUUGUACAGUGCGCCCUGUAUUGCCUGACCACACUGGUAAGGUGGCUGAAGCUAGGUCGUUGUCCACACUUCACGAUCUCUGGUGUGAACUUGUUUGUUGGGAAACUCAGGAGACCAGACUAUCACACUCUGUUGUCUAUAUUUGCUUAUAUAAUGAGAAACAAUCUCAACUGCUUGUCUCAGAUACAAAUGGAUGAUCUAGGGGCAAGACUGCAACUAGGACCACUGACAUUGGCUUUGAAAUCAGGCAAGGACAUAAACAUGGAAAUAUACCGGCAUUUGUUAACAUGUUUUUAUUCAACCCGUGACAUCAUUGAUUUGGUAUCUUCCAGUGGAAAACUUACUUUAACCGCCCUCUACGAUUACCUGUUACAGCUGAUAGUGCUUUAUAACAGACACUGUGAACCAAGCAUUGAGAAAGAAGCAGCAACAAUUAUGUUACAGUUAGUUGCUUACAUUUUAGCAUCUGCUCUGGCUUCUGAGAAAUUGCGGGUACAUCAGCCGAUAACAAGUACUAUACUGGAGUUAUAUAUGCUGUCAUUUGAUUAUGACCUUCUGUCCGGUAAACUUAAAUUUGUGUCCAUGCUCUACUGCAGUGGAAAGUUCCAGAAGGCAGCUACAGUGUUGAACCAUUGUGAGGGCCUGUUGGAACCACAUGCCCGGCAGUGCCGUGAAUGUGAAAGACCAAAUGAAGAUUUGCUUGAGACAUGUCUCGAAACUGAAGAUGACCUAUCGAUGUAUAGGACAUCAGUUACAGGCUGUGUGAUAUUCACUUCUUUGGAAAAAAGUGUUGUUCCUGACCACCUUUUGUAUGAAAUGUACAGAACAAUAACACGUGAAGAUGCUCUUAUAAUGGAUAUUAAAGAACAGCUGUGGAUGAAAAAUGUGGUAAUUGACUGCAUACCAUUUCUCUUCUACCUUCAGUACCUUACGAACAGGGAACUUGACCAACCUGUCAGGAAAUACGCGGUAUUACAGAAUCUACAGAACUACCUAUGUAGACCAGGAGGUGUGGAUGGACAUGUUGAAACAGUGUGUAAUGUUCUUGGACACUGCUACGAGUUUGAAAACAGGCUAGAUGCUGCAUGGCACUACUACAGUGAGUCUUUACGAGUAAGACCAAGAAACAAUGCUGCCAACUGGCAUCUUAUGAGAUUACUACAUAAACAGGCAAUGCAGUGAUUGUGAUAUAGUUUCCUAUUAGAAGCACAUUCUAUUUCUGAGUAACUUAAAUGGAAAUGUUCUACCUUUCUCAUAAAAAGAUUACUUAUAUUUAGUUUAAGCACUACGUUAAUCAAGUGUUUGUGUUGUUGAAAAUUAUCAGGAAAACCUUCAUCAAAUAUUUUGUUGGAGAUCAUCUCAGCAGCUUUCACUUGAAGACA